UCCCACUUCAACCAGCAAGCGAAGUCAGCGCAGGGGGAAACAUCGCCGUGCCGCUCCCCGCGGCCACCAUGGAGCCGCGCGAGAUCGCCGCCGCCGCGCGAAGCUUCUCAGCCAUGGCGCGGAUCGUCGGCCCGGACCCCAAGGCCGUCAAGAUGCGCCGCCACGCCUUCCACCUCCACCAGUCAGGGUCCACCACGUUGUCGGCGUCGGCCGUCCUCCUCCCGCCGGGUGCACUGGCGGAGCCGCCGCCGCUCCUUGCCCGUAUAUGCGCGUCCCACGGCCACGCCGGGGGCGUCGCGCUCACGGCCGCAUCGCUUGUCGAGCCGUUCCUGGUCGCGGAGCAGCGCGAUAGCCCCACUGAGGAACUGCAGCCGAGGUUAGUACCGGAGGCGCGUCUUGAUGUGCUAGUAGAGCCAGAGGAAUCAGGGAACAUCAGACAUGGGGAUUCUUCAGCUCCACGGUGGCUUUCAGCUGAGUUACUUGCCAUGGUGGAUGUCUCAGCAUCGGCUGAUUCUGUAUUAUCCUUGUUAACAUAUGAUGGUUCACUGAUUGGAAGCUCGUCAUGGGAUGUUGGCUGGCCACUGGCCGAUGUAAAUCAGAAGCAGGUUGAAAAUGAUGCCGGCUCCUACCUUGAGUAUAACAGGAAAAAUGUCUAUGCUGAGUCUGUUGACCCAUCAACAAUAGCCAAGUCCGCCACAAGAAUCGCUAUACUAGGAGUCUCAGCCUUAACAUCAAGUAAUGCAGGACCUAACAAUGUUGCACCGAUGCCACAGCGAGGGGACUCUUUGCUGGUAGUGGGGUCUCCCUUUGGCAUCCUGUCGCCAUUCCAUUUCUUCAACAGUAUAUCAGUUGGUGCUGUUGCAAAUUGCCUACCUCCAGGCGCUGUCAGGAGCUCGCUGCUGAUGGCCGACAUCCACUGUCUUCCUGGUAUGGAAGGUGCUCCAGUGUUUGAUAAAAAUUCUUGUCUUGUGGGGAUGCUGAUGAAGCCAUUAAGACAGAGAGGCAGCAACAUACAAGUUCAGCUUGUGAUUACAUGGGAUGGAAUAUGCACUGCAUGGAGCAGAAACAAACUGCAACUAAUUGAGCAAGUCUCAAAUGAACUACUUGAUGACAAAAGUGCAGACAGUAAAAUGAUGGAAUCAUGUAGCAUGGAUAACCAUAGGAGGUUUGUCUCUAAUUCAGCCAAUGACCUUAAUCAGUAUAGUAUUCCACCUUCACUCAGAGAGGCUAUAUCCUCGGUUGUUCUUGUCAUGGUUGGUGAUACAACUUGGGCUUCAGGUAUUCUCCUCAACAAGAAUGGCUUAGUUCUGACAAAUGCUCAUCUUUUGGAGCCUUGGAGAUUUGGGAGAACUUCAACUUUAGGUUUACAACAUAAAACUACCUCACUUGCUGGAGAAUAUCUCCACGAAGGACAAAAUAAAUUGUUGCAAUCACAACAUUGCAAAAUGUUCAAUGAAGAUGCUGUUAAGCAUGAGGUUUCAUUCUUUAAUUUGGGUCCCAAGAGAGAGAAGAGAAUAUCUGUUCGUUUGGAUGAUGGGGAGAAACAGACAUGGUACACUGCGAGUGUGGUGUUUAUCUCCAAGGGGCCUCUUGAUGUUGCCUUGCUUCAAAUGGAAAAGGCCGCCAUUGAAUUUUGUGCAAUUAGACCAGAAUUUGUUUGUCCCACAUCAGGGUCAUCUAUAUAUGUUGUUGGGCAUGGCCUUCUUGGACCUCGAUCAGGCCUAAGUUCCUCCCUUUCCUCUGGGGUUGUCUCCAAAGUUGUCCAAAUUCCAUCAGCUCAACAUUCUCAUCUGCCUAGCAAUGUGCAGACAUACAAUAUGGACCUGCCAGUAAUGCUGCAGACGACAGCGGCAGUUCAUCCUGGAGCUAGUGGUGGUGUAAUUGUCAAUUCACAUGGUAGAAUGGUUGGGCUAAUAACAAGCAAUGCUAAGCAUGGCAGUGGGAGCACAAUACCUCGUCUGAAUUUCAGCAUUCCCUGCAAAUCUCUGGAAAUGGUCUUCAAGUAUGCAGCGAAUGGAGAUUACACAAUUUUGGAGCAGCUGGAUAAAUCAAAUGAAUUGCUCUCAUCAGUGUGGGCACUGGCACAAGCACCAUCAUCACUCCCAUUUCUCAGCAGCCCCCCUGGGAAGAACGGAGAGGGGAAAGUUUCGGAGUUCUCGAAGUUCCUCGCCAAUCAGCCAGAAGGUUUGAAAUCUAUAAGUGAUUUGGAGGCUUUCCUUAGACACAAGAUUCCCAGUAAAAUUUAGGUGGGAUUGUUUCUGCGAAAGCACAAAUGGAUAGUACAAGUACCCUUAACAUGCCGGAGUGCAGGAGAGGAAAUCAGCGAAAGACCUGAGUGCCAAAAUGGCAGGCUUGCUAACUGAAAGUUCUACAGGAUUUGGCGAAGGACUUCAAAGCAUACUCUGUUGAUGAAUGCACAGUUUAUUUUCCAAAAGAUACAUGUUGAUUCAUAGAUAGUCUGUUCCCCACUAGAAGGGUUUUAUCAUAGCGCGUUGAGUUUGAUUUCAGAAAGUUGACACAUCUUCAGCCAUUGUAUGAAGAUACAGGAAGGGAUAACAUGUUGUACUAACAAAAAGGAAAACCUCUGCUAUUUGCCCGUGAAUAGUACUACCAAUGCCUUCGUUCAGCAUCUGCGAAUGUGAAUCCAGGUCCGGCAUA